AUGAAGUAUUCGGGGUGUCUCGUUGGCUACGGCCUAGUCAAUCUAGCAGUUGCUCUCCCUGCACCACAGAUGAACUAUGAGGACAAUAAAGGAGAUGUCGGUGGUAUCAGCCCGCCGAUUCCAACUUUUACCGGCGCUCCCGUGGGUGACCUGCGCGGGUCGACCAACCUGCAAGGCGGCAUCGCUUCGCGGCCGCCCGUGUCUGGGGGGGACUCGGCGGUAGUUCCGGAUCCAGAGCUCGUAGGCGGGCAGGAGGCCGACGGCAAGCUCGGGCUGUACCUGGACUUCAACGGGGCCGAGUACCCCAACGGACCGCAGCCAAUCCGCGGCUCCGGCGGCGCCACCGACCCCGGGCCGCGCACCUACGAGUACGAGAAGCUCAACCCAGACGUCUACGCGCCGCCCGAGACCGACCAGGGCACCGUUCCCAAUGCGAUGUGGCCUCUGGGCCUCAGCCACAACCACUUCGGCUCCGGCGAGCACUCCGGUUGGGCCCGGCAGCAGAAUCAGGACGUGCUUCCCGUGGCAACGGCCAUGGCCGGCGUCGACAUGCGCCUUUCCCCGAACGCGUACCGGGAGCUGCACUGGCAUACCUCGGCUGAAUGGGCUCUGGUGUUGAAGGGUUCGGUUCGCGUCGCGGCGAUCGACCAGGACGGCGCCUCCUUCGUCGACGACGUCACGGCGGGAGACGUGUGGUUCUUCCCCCAGGGCGUCCCCCACAGCCUGCAGGCCCUCGACGAGGGUGCCGAGUUCCUGCUAGUCUUCGAUAGCGGCGACUUUUCCGAAGAAACUACUUUCCUCGCCACAGAGAUGCUCUUGCGCACGCCCGUCUCCGUCUGGGCCAAGGAUUUCCAGACAGAUGUUAGCUCCUUCGACGACAUCCCCGAUGACCAGAAAUAUAUCUUCAAUGGCACGCCGGCACCGGCCAACAUCUCGGAGCAGAACAUCACGUCCUCGGCCGGCGCACUCUGGGGAGCUUCGGCGUAUACGUAUCACUGGUCGCAGCAGGAGUUCCACAACACGACGGGCGGCUCGGUCAAGAUUCUCGACCCGCUCACCUUCCCGGUGGCGGCGCAGUUCUCGGCGGCUCUCGUGGUGCUGGAGCCGGGGGCGAUGAGGGAGGUGCACUGGCACACGGAGAGCGACGAGUGGUCGUACUUCCUGGAGGGCUCGGCGCGCAUCACGGUGUACGAGGCGCCGUCGGCGUCGCAGACGUUCGACUUCACCGCCGGCGACGUUGGGUACAUCAAGAAGUCGGCGGGCCACUACGUCGAGAACACGGGCACGGAGGACGUCAUCUUCCUCGAGGUCCUCCAGGCCCCCAAGUUCAGCGACAUCAGCGCCAGCCAGUGGCUCGCCCUGACCCCGCGCCAGGUCGUCAAGGACACCCUCAACCUCUCCGAUGCCGUCCUCGACGCCCUCCCCAAGGAGAAGACCCUCAUCAAGCCCGGCAACCCCAACAUGACCGCCAUCGCGGGCGGCGGCCAAAACUUCUGACCAGCACAGGGCGUGAAACACAUGGCAUCACCUCGAGACAGGUAGAUUACCUGUAGGGGUAGCAGGAGGCCGGCCUUGAAGAGACAGUGGGGGACUUGGGGAAUAUAAUAGCUCGGUAUUAAAGAAAGCAUGCCUCCGUGAAUUUCAGGGCUGUCCAUACCGGUAGAAUAGGGGAAUAGCUUGUUAAUAAACACCACUAAUACCGUCGCGAGGCCUUUCCUCCUCAACCGCUCCAUAAACCUACAUUCUCCCUACCAUAUCCAUAACCACCUUUUGUCCUAACGUAAUCUCAUUCGUAGCACCACCAUUACACACACCAACCGACACCACUACGCUCGGCAGCAAGUUCACACCGCUGCCCAACCAGCGGGGCUCCCCCCCUCGCCGGCGCCAGGCGAACAGGGCGAGGGCGGAGCCUCAGCCACCGAUCUUGCCGAACCAGCCGGCGAGGGUGGCGAACUUGAUGGCGAGGGUGUAGACGGGGUAGGUAGCGAGGUUCCAGAGGGCGGGGGACCAGGCGGCAGUGUCGAGGACGGCGGGCCAGCCGCGGGGGUCGGACUGGGCGAGGGUGGCGGCGAGGGCGGCCCAGUGGGCGAGGUCGGCGACGAUGAGGAUGCCGAUGUGCAGGCGCAGCAGGCGCGGGCUCGGCGGCGACGCC